UAUUUUUCUGCAAGUCAGUACAUGGAUCCAUUGUCAACCGCCCCAGAAGGAAAAGAGUCCGCGAUUCAUCCACAUACAGCAGGCAUGAUUGGCCUGGGUGCAGUUUCAGCCCUUCUCCUGAUCGCACUUGUUACUGCAGUAGCUGGCCUUAUUGUGCUAAAACGAAGAAAUGCCAGCUCAAAAUCAAACCGUGAGUCUAACGGCACAACCGUUCAAAAUGACGCGUUUGACGACACGUACUACACAGACACCAGAACAAACCGGACAAGUCAGGACGGGACUUACUGUGACAUCAUGGACGGCCGCGGCACCAAACGUCGUGGUGAAGCUGACGGGACCGGACAAGACAGAGAGUACGACAUGCCUGAUGUCAGCCGCGAGGAGGGCGCCUACCAGACCCUGGACCCUCGCACACUGGAGAUGGGAAACAAUGAAUAUGAGACACUUAGAAAGUAGUGGGUCAUUGAGUAGCCUCAGAUGCCGUAGAACCAUUGAGGAAGUCAGUUCAAUGUUUUCUAUAUUAAUAUCUUUAUAUAUUUUGAUGUUGAACUCUCUUGCUGUUAAACAAAUGGUACAACAAGUAGGCUGACAAUGUAUUUAAAGCCCUGAUAACUGACAUACUGCGACAAGAAAGUGCAUCCUACAUACGGUCUGUAAAAGACACCACCAAACGGUUGAAAUUACAAUUGCAUGAAAAACCGCAUCCAGCAGGGGCAGAAAAACUUAAGACCGCUAGGGGUCCCCACUGGCACGUGUAGAUGAUGCUGAAAACUAAAUACAUACAUUGUGGGAUAUUAUAUUUUCAUUAGGCUUCGAGAAGGUUUAUGUAGAUUGUUUUGAUAUUUGGUAAUUGUGGGUAGGUCUUGAUAAGACCUCAAAAUGCCGCAAUGCAUAAUCAGCCUUUUUAGGUUUGUAUCAUGGAGAGUCAGGUGAAUCUAUUCACCGUUAAACUAUCAUCUGUGUAAUAAAACACGGUGUCCAGCCAGUACAAGUGAACCGUAAUACGUGGUCAUUGCUUUUCAGCAUUCUGCACCUUGCUAUUUCAAUUUUGCAUAAUUCAAAGUCGAACAACUCUGAUUUAAUAUCAAAUGUAAUGUACGUGAAACCAGCCUGAACAAAAUUGUAAAUUGCAGUUGCUUCAUUGCAGGAUUUAAUGUGCAAAGUGUGAUCGGGACCUCCC